CUCUAUAAAAAUAAAAAUAUUGAAAAUACGAAUAUAUUAAAUAUACUUGAAUCAGAUAAUGAAAAAGAUAAUAACUUGAAUAAUAAUUUAUAUAAUAAUUUUGAUAAUGAAUCAAGUGAUAGUUCUGAUGAUGUUUAA